AGUAAACGCAACUGAACUUUGACAUUAUCAAAUGUUAGCAAGUGGAGUAUACAACAUUAUAUUUACUUUUACAAGAUGACAGCUUUGAAGAAGUACCUUUAUAUCUGUUUAACACAUUCGGUAAUGUUGAAGACAGUGAUAUGUGGUACAGUUGAAGCUGUCAAAACUAAUUUAGAAGUUCCAGUUAAUCAAAUUGCUCAAUUGCAAUGGAGAGUUGCCCCUGAUGCUGGAGAACAAGUAUUUGGAGUAGAGGUGUUUGUUCUUGGAUCAACCAAUGUUCAAAUAAUCAAAUUAACAUCAACCCUCACAAUUGUUGGUAAAAAAAGGUUUGGUAAUCGAUUAUCUGGAAGCUUGACAAAUGGUAUAUAUACACUAUCUAUCAAGAAAAUCCAGUUCAAUGAAAAAAAGUCUUUUAAUUUGAAAGUUGUAUUCUACAAGGCACCAGAAUAUUAUCCAAAAAAUUCAACAGUGAUUAUAAAAGAAGUUUUAGGUGGCCCUGAAGCUUGUGGUACUUUACUAAAUACAAGUUAUGCUAUAAACGAGGGUAAACAGUUAUCUGUUACCACCGAAGUUAGUGGAAAUCCAAAACCUGUUUUAACUUGGAAAUUACAAAAAGAAUUAGAGUAUUCAUACUCUACCGAAGUUGCGCCAGUGAAUAUCUCAAUCAUGCGGUACAGAUAUGUUUAUAAAACUCGACGUCUCGUGACACGUGAAGAUUGUGGAACAAAGCUAGUUUUCAAUGCGUCUGGUGCGAAUGGAAUGAUCAAGGGAGAGACACUAAUAGACGUAACAUUUUCGCCUCGAAAAAUCCACAAUGCAAUAUUUUACAAAGAUAAUGAUUGUAUAAAUGGUAUAUGGACACGUGAAGCAACUGGCAAUUGUGCGCUUAACUAUCAUUUACAAUUUGAAGGAGGAAAAUAUAUUUUUAAUACAACUCAUACAUACUACGUUGUGUGUAAUGUAUUAAAUGCUUCAUAUGUAUUUAUUUGGGCGUCAUACAAAAACAAGUACGGCGAGAAGAUAAAAGUCAGUGCUAGUUUAACAACUCCUGCACCUACAAAUGCUACCGAUCCUUGCACAUGUCCAAAACUGUUGGAAGUGAAAAGAUUGGAUACGAAGAAAUUAGUUUUAGCAAUAGUUAUAGCGCUUGUGGUUACGCAAGUAGCUAAUAUAUGCAUUUAUGGAGUUGUGAAGUACAGAGGUGCUGAAACUAACUGUCAAAAUAAGCAAAGUGCAAAAAACCACGACGAAAACGAAGAUAGACAAGAGUACGAAGUAUUUCCUACAACUGAAUCUCACUAUACAGGUCUUCAAUUGGAAGCAAGAAAAGAAAUUGUUUAUGCCGAUUUGUCACCACCAACAGUCAAUAACUAUUCGGAAAUUGGAACAGAAGAAAAGUCAAAACAAUUUUAGCACACUGUGUUCUUCUGUAGAAGCCAAUUUCCGCGUCUUUUCUAAACAAUUUUGCGUCUUUUUCGUCAACAAAGGCACCGAUUCCUAUCCAAUUUUUUGGAUCUUCGUGAUGCAAGAAGAAAAUAAAUAAGUUAUCAGAAGAGUUAACGUAACUCUAAAAGGAUAUAUGGACGUUUUAUUGUCAUUAUAGCCUAGUUUGACUAUCUUAAAGUUACUGCCACAUUUUCUAUGUAUGGCGUAACCUCAAAUUGAUCUAUUUCAGAUAUUUCGCAAAGCCUUUUUUUCGCGAAUUGACCAUUCUGAGAUUUCU